AUGAGUGCAAGCAAAGGGAAGACCGCGAAGGCGACCGGCAAGGUAAAGGCCAAGGAGUCAGCCGCGCAGGAAAUGGGUUCCGACGAGCGGGCCGACCAGCUCGCGCAGCUCGAGGCCUUCGGUAAUGCCUUCCUUUCGUCAUUCGAAUUGCCUCAGGCGAGCACAUCUACCUCGACAGAAGCCGGCAAUGCUACAACGAGCAAGAAGAAGCUGUCAAGCAAGAAGCGCAAGCGUCUCGCAGCUGAGCAGGCUGACGCGGACAAGGAUGCGGGAGAGACAAUACCCGCGCGCGAGCAGGACGAGAUGGAUCGCCUGUUUGGCUCAGCUAAGCCAUCAUCGACAACGAAUUCCGAAGGAGCUGCAGCAUUAACAGGCUCCAAGAAGACAGCCAAGAAGGUGCCCAAGUCUCGCGCAGUAGAGACCGUGGUGUUCGGCGGCGAGAGUCGGCCGGAUGGUGACGAGCUCAAGGAAGCCAAGAAGGGCUGGAAGGCGUUCAUGUCAUCCAAGACCGCGAAGAUCGCGAGCGAGGAUCAGGAAUCUGUGACCAAGCCGACCACGGCCGAGGAGGAGGAAGAGAAGCAGCUGGUGGCCAACGAUCGACUCUUGUCCGAGCUGCUUUCCACCACCCUGUUCGCGCCGGGGACGGGGACGACGUCCAAGGGCAAGUCGAAUCUGUCGUCCAACGAUACGAUUGCGCGCAUCAUGGAGCUGUCCGCCACUGAAGCCCAGCGAAAGGGCCAGGCGGUCGGUCGUGGUUGGGGCGAAAACGAGCUGAAGCGUCAGCAGCUCGCCAAGGCACCCGCGGCGAUCCGACAGGGAAUGCGAAAGGCUGCCGGAGAGCGUCGCGACAAGGAGCGCGAGAAGGCCAAGGAGCUGGGCACGUGGCAUCCCUCGCUCAAGCAGGCCUACGCCAACCAGGCCACCGCCACCGAGAUGGGCCUCAAGAAGGAGACGCGCAAACGCCAACGCGGUAUCGGCGUGGGCAUCGGCAAGUUCCAGGGCGGCAUGCUCAAGCUCUCGGCACAGGAUAUCUCCAAGGUCAACGGCAAGCCGUCGUCGUCAUCGCGAGCAAAGAAGGGUCGCAAGUAG